UAUUUUGUAGGUAUAACGCAUACGGCGGUUGUACCGCUCGACCUAGUGAAGUGCCGGCUGCAGGUGGACCCUGACAAGUACAAGAAUGUCGUGAACGGGUUCAAGGUGUCCGUCCGGGAAGAGGGCAUGCGCGGGCUCGCUAAAGGAUGGGCGCCUACUUUCAUCGGCUACUCUCUUCAGGGUCUGUGCAAGUUCGGUCUCUACGAGGUGUUCAAAGUUGGCUACUCUGGCCUGCUAGAUGAAGAAACGGCGUUCACCUACCGUACGAUAUUGUACUUGGCCGCUUCUGCUUCAGCUGAGUUCUUUGCUGACAUCGCGCUGUCGCCGCUCGAGGCCGCGAAGGUCCGCAUCCAGACUAUGCCAGGUUUCGCGACCACUUUGCGCGAGGCGUGGCCCAAGAUGGUGGCCAACGAGGGCUACGGCACCUUCUACAAGGGCCUAGUCCCACUGUGGGGCCGACAGAUCCCAUACACCAUGAUGAAGUUCGCCUGCUUCGAAAAGACGGUCGAGAUUCUUUACAAGUACGUUGUGCCUAAGCCACGCGACCAAUGCUCGAAGGCGGAGCAGCUGGUGGUCACUUUCACGGCGGGCUACAUUGCCGGCGUGUUCUGCGCCAUCGUCUCCCACCCGGCCGACACCGUUGUGUCCAAGCUUAACCAGGACGAAACAGCCACUGUGGGCAGCAUCAUGACUAAACUAGGCUGGGCGGGUGUAUGGAAGGGGCUCGGACCCAGGAUCGUCAUGAUCGGUACCCUCACCGGGCUGCAGUGGUUCAUCUACGACGCAGUCAAGGUAUGGCUCAGGAUGCCCCGACCGCCGCCACCUGAGAUGCCCGAAUCAAUGCGCAAAAGACUAGAGGCGGAAGAAGCCGCAAAGGCAAAGUAACUUAGCCUAUAGUCUAGCGAAAAUCGUACAAGCUUCUCGCCGAUUAAAACAGAACAUGUCAAUGCUGAAGAGUUAAGUGGCCAUGUAACUAACAUACUUUGAACUAUGUACAAGCGAUA